UAUUUGCACGUAUCUUUUAGCAUAGACACGAAUAUAAUAAUGUUUAGAAUGAAGAAAAUUAUAGGCCGCGACAAAAAGAGUGUAUCUUCGUCUUCAGACGUUACAGAUAACGCGACAGUCUCGCAUAGUGGAUGCGACAAAUUGGACGUUGUGACCCACAGAAUAAAGUCGAGAAGUCUGGACAACAGAACAUCGCAGAGAGAAAACGAUGAAAAAGUGCGCAAAAGCGCAACUGCUACGGGCAUAUUCCCAGUAGCAGUGGCCACGAACUUGACUUCCCAAGCCCUGGAGAUACUCGAAGGUACUCUAACCAUGAGAAGAAGUGCUACCCAUGUCACUAAGCUGAACACCAGACUCCUGGAAUCUAUUCCUGGCGGUGAUAUUGCGUAUAUGAAACGACUUAUGGCUAUGGGUGCCAGCGUCAACGCAACUUGUCGAUUGAACCACGUGUCGGCGUGUCAUAUAGCAUCAUUCUACGACAACGAUGCGUUGGAACUACUCUUGAAAACGGGAGCGGAAUGCACUAGAACCGACAAGCUGGGCAGAACGCCACUGCACUUGGCGGCCUGGGAAGGCAACGUCAAGCAUAUUACAUUGCUGCUACAUUUUCCUCGAGCACUGACAGAAAGUAUUUUAGAUUGCGUUGCCUUAUCCCCUAAAACUGAGGAAGCAGUCAGGAGACAAAGCGUGCCCGUAAACAAACUGACGAACGCACCAUGUCAAAUCAACGUGGACUUCCGUUUCCCAAACGACUGGAUAGAUGGAAUGGAACACAACUGCAGAAACGUCAAGGAAAUGUUGCCGAUCUUCCAGCAAGGUUGGACAGCGCUGCACGCGGCCAGCGCACGCGCGCAUCAUCACUGCGUGCAGCUGCUACUUGCCGCAGGAGCCAACGCACAUGCGCAAGACCUUCUGUGCAGGACGCCACUCGACGUCGUCGGCUGCGCACAUUAUGAUGGACACAAAAUCGAAGCGAACGAUUUCAAGGAGACAGUGAAGUUACUAAUAAAAGCGGGCGGCAGGUUCCAGAGAUUUCAUCAUAAAAGCAAUCCAUUAGACACUCCUUUGCAUACAGCAGUUGAGCUGGAAAGCGAAGGAGCAGUAGACGAGGUCCUGCUCGGAGGAGCAUCAGCCACCGCUUGGAACAGCCAAGGACUCACUGCGAUGCAUGUCUGCGUUAAAAAGCGAAACAAAGAACUACUCCGGUUGCUGGCAAACCAAAACCCUGGUAAUUUGGACCCUCACUUAGCAACGGUAGACGUGAAGGACCAAUCGGGCGCCACCGUACUCUGUGCAGCAAUCAAAGAAGGUUGGUUGCAAGGCGUCUGCAUAGCUCUUGGUGCAGGAGCCAGCAUCACUAUGAAGGAAAAUGGAGAAUCUUGCAUCCACACAGCAGCAGCAUUGGGCAACGUAGACAUACUUCAAGAGAUAUUGAAUAUCGCAAAAUUGAGCAACACUGUCGAUUUUCGCAAUGAGAAGGGAGAAACUCCACUAUUCAAAGCAAUAAUUCACAAUCAUUUGGAAGCUCUUAAAAUAUUACUGACUGCCGGUUCUCAUAUAGAAACGACCGUAGCGAAUAAGGCCAACGUACUGCAUGUAGCUGCCGAACACGGUUGUGAAGAAAUACUCAAAUAUUUACUUGAAUACAACAGUCACGCUACAGCUAUUAUGGUUAACAAAAUGGAUAACGUAGGUCCACCAUUGUUCUACGCAGUAUUCAAUAAUCAUCUCACCUGUGCAGAAAUGCUUAUCGCCAAAGGUGCUCAAGUACACUACUACGUAAAUUGUAAGAACGCAAUUUGCGAAGAUACCUUGACAUUUACGUCCCUUCUUCAUAUAGCUGCAAGCAAAAACUAUUGUGAAAUAGCAGAUCUGAUAUUAAGACAUGAUAAGAACACUAUUAACGCUCUCGAUUCAGCAGAUCAAACACCUCUACACGAUGCUUGCUCUCACGGGAACAGAGAAAUGAUUGCUUUACUUAUAAGAGCAGGAGCUGAUCUCUCUGGGUUUCACGAAAGUAGAAGAUGCAAGAUGGUUCCCAUCGAUUUACUAAUGAACAACUUGUCGAAGCCGACUGAAUUUAUGGAAGAAAUGUUUGACUCGUACAUUCAAGGUAUGGGACUUCAAGAGUCUAAAUGUGAAGUGACUGUGGACUUCAAAAUGCUGGUCCCGAAGGAGUCCGAUGCCAAACAAAUGAGGGUGAUCAAGGCUCUUCUAAAUACCGGUAAUAGAUACGAUCAGAAUCGGCUUCUACUACAUCCGUUGGUACAAAGCUUUGUGUAUCUAAAAUGGAAAGAAUUUCUGCCGUUUUUUUACAGUAUUUUAGCAUUGUACGGAUGUUUCGUCCUGUCUCUGAACGUGUUCACAGUUUCUGUGUUCUAUUAUACGGAUAAAAACAAACAAAGCGGCAAGCAAAAAGAUGUACCCUUAAUAUUACACAGCAGUUGGUGGAUACAAAUUACUUACUUGACAGUCUGCUUGAUAACAAUUCAGGAGGUAAUCUUCAUAAAAAUGAAAACUACGAGGUACCUUUUCAGUGUUGAGACCUGGUUGAAGUUCUGGUCCAUCUUGCUGGCAGUAGUUUUGCUUCGUGUGGUAUCCUGGGACACUGGCAGUGACCCACCAGAGUGGGCAAGGCUUGUCGCCUCAGUUGCCCUACUGUUUUCCUGGUUCGAAAUGAUGUUCUUACUCUCAAGAUUCCCUGAUUGGGGCUUCUAUGUACUCAUGUUUGGCAAAGUCGCCAAUAAAGUUGUUAAGAUUCUGCUGUCAUUCCUAUUCCUCAUAUUCGGUUUUUCCAUAACCUUCAUGAUACAGUUCCGUGCAAAGCCGCCGUUCGAAGGUCCGUGGUCAGCUUUCGUCACCACCAUGGUCAUGAUGACGUCAGAGUUCGAUUACCAGGACACCAUAAGUAAGAAGAGUGCCAUAGAAGUAUCAGCAUCAAUCAUAAUACUAAGAAUAAUAUUCAUGUCAUUCCUCAUUCUGAUUUCAAUUAUUCUUAUGAAUCUCUUGGUCGGUGUGGCAGUCGACAACGUCAAUAGAUUAGAAAUCAUAGGUAACAUAAAAAGGUUAGAAAAGCAAAUAGAGUUCAUAACAUCGCUAGAAGGUAUUGUUUGUAACAAGUUUUUUAAGAAAAUACUGCCAAGGUGUUUGUAUAAGAGAUGGUUGAGGAAUAAGAAGUGGGAGAAUGUGAUAGUACUGCGACCUCGGAAGUCCACGUGCAGGAACUGUCGACGACUGCCAGCCCGACUAAGAGAAGCCAUAUUUGAUCGAGCUCAUUUGCAGAAGAAGCAGUCAGAUGAAGUACUAGGCUCAAAACUUUUUCAAAUGAAACUCGAUGAAAUUUACAAAGUGGUUGUAAACAAACAAUUAGCUGACAACGAACAACGCAUGGAAAAAGACAAAGCUUUGAAGAAAAUUAUUGAUGAAAUUCAAGAAAUACGCUGCAGUGUAGAGUUAUUGAAAACCUACUUGAAUUCGAAUAGACGACGAACUCUUAACAGUCAGUCGGUUCCAUUAUUAGUUCUUGAGUCACAAAAGAAACAGGAAACUAUAAACUUGUAAUUAACCUCUAGCAAUGAUUAUAUUUUUUUACUCCCGACCCUAAAUACAUCUGUGGCACUGUAGCUCCUAAACGCAUGAAUCGAUUUAGAUGCAGUUUUUUUUAGUGGUACUCAGAUAGGCACGUUUUAUCCGACGGUGCACAAAUAAUGACACAAACAACUCAGUCUUUGCAUAAGUAUAAAGUAAGAGUAAAAAAAUAAAUUGAUACCAAAACUGAA